AUGGAAGAUUAUGAUAUAUAUGGAGACUUUAAAGAUGAAAAGAAACAUACAGAAGAUGAACUUGGAGAAGAUGAAAUAGAAGAUAAUAAAUAUAGAAACAGAAAUGAAAAUGAUGAAACUAUGAAUACACGUAGUGAAUCGAAUAAUCAUGAAGAUAGUGAUAGUAAUUAUGGAUCAUCACGUAGAGAUGAUGAUGAAGAUGAAGAUGAUAAUAAUAAUAAUAAAUCAAGAAGAAGUGCUAGUAAUAUGGAUGAUGAUACAGAAAAUACUCACAGUAUAAGAUUAAUUGAAGAUGAAAAAUCUUAUGAUGAAAAUGAUGAUGAUAAUAUAUUAGGAACAUAUGAUGAAAAUGAUCAAAAUUCAACAUCAAAUAACAAUAACAAUAAUAACAAUAAUAGAACAAAUAAUGGAUCAUCAUCUACAGUAUCAGGAGAAUCAUCAUCAACAACAACAACAACGACAAUUACUGAUACUACUGAUUUAUCACCAGCAUUGUAUAUUAGUGGAUUAGAAUGGUGGACAACUGACCAACAACUUGAAAAUGUAUUUUUAGAGUUUGGAAAGAUUGUUACAUUAAAGAUCUUUGAAAAUGAAAAUAAUGGUAAAUCAAAAGGUUAUGCAUUUGUAGAGUUUGAACAUAUUGAACAAGCUCAACUUGCAAAAUCAAAAACUGAGAAAAAAGAAAUCAAUGGUAAAGAGAUGACAAUUCGUUUACUUUCUCAACAAAAUUAUCAUAAUGCUCUUACUACCAUUAAGAAUAUUAGUUUAGGUCAAUCAAAUCAAUCGAAUCAACAACAUUUAAAUUCUUCUUCAAACUCUCAUAAUAAUAAUAAUAAUAAUAAUACAAAUAGUGGUAAUAUUGCAAAUAAUAUUCAUCAUCAAUCAUCUUUAUCAUCAUCAUCAUUGUCAAAUUCACAACAUGGUGGUAAUGGAGGUGGUGUUAAUGGCAGUGGUGGUGGUGGUUCACAUCCACAUUUUGGUGGUAUGCCUUAUCCAUAUCAACAACCACCACAACAACAGCAACAACAACCACCAUAUGGUUAUGCUGAUCCAUAUUCAAGAGGUGGUAGAGGUGGUAAGAGAUCAGUAGGUGCUUCAAUGAGAGGUGGUAGAGGUGGUCCACCACCACCCAUUGGAAUGCAACCAGAGUUUUAUUCUCCACCAAUGAGAGGAGGUUAUAUGGGUCGAGGUGGUAGAGGUUCACCUUUCCCACCUCCUCCAUAUGGAGCUACAAUGUCAAGUGGUAGAGGAGGUUAUAUGGGUAGAGGGGGUGCACCACCUCCAAAUAUGAUUGGCGGUCCACCUCCUCCUUACUUUUAUCAAGGUGGUCCACCACCCCCAAAUGGUAGCGGCGGUAGUGGUAGUAGUGUCGGCAGCGGCGGCAGUGGUAGUGGUGGUGGUAGACCUUAUUCCUCAUCAAAAAGAGAUGAAUGGUCAAGUGGUGGUAGUUCACCUGACAGAUACGGUGGUGAUUAUCAUGGUGAAAAGAGAAAAAGAGAUGACGAUGUCGAUGAAAGAGAAAGAGAAAGAGAUAGAGAAAGAGAUAGAGAAAGAAGGGAAAGAGAUGACUACGAUAAUAGAAGAGACAGAGAUAGAGAUAGAGAUGACUAUGAUAGAAGAGACAGGGAUAGAGAUAGAGAUGACCAUGAUAGUGGUAGCAGCAGAAGAGAUAGAGAUGAUCAUGAUAGUGGUAACAACAGCAGCAACAGAAGAGAUAGAGAUGAUCAUGAUAGUGGUAGCAGCAACAGAAGAGAUAGAGAUGAUCAUGACAGUGGUAGCAGCAGUAACAGUGGUAGCAGCCGAAGAGAUAGGGAUGAUCAUGAUAGCAACAGUAACAGUAGCAGCAGAAGAGAUAGAGAUAGGGAUGAUCAUGAUAGCAGCAGCAGCAGUAGAAGAGACAGAGAUAGGGAUGACCAUGACAGUAGCAGCAGCAGCAGAAGAGAUAGAGACAGAGAUAGGGAUAGAGAAAGAGAUAGAGAUAGAUCAUCCGACAGAAGAAGCGAAAGUACAAGAGAUAAAGAAAGAGAUGAUAGAUCAGAUAAUAGAAGUUCUAGAGAUCAUUACGAUAGAGAUUCAACAAGAGAUAGAGAAACAUCAUCCUCAAGUGGUAGUGGUAAAAGAGAGAAUGACUCUUAUCCAUCAAGUAAAAGCGACUCAAAUAGAGAUAGAGAAAAUAGGGAUUAUUCUUCAACAACUAGUGGAAGUAAACGAGAAAGUAAGGAUAGAGCAUCAGAUAGUAAUCAAUCAAGUAGUGGUGGUAGAAAAGAUUCUGAUCAUUCAUACUCAUCAAGUGGUAGUGGCAACAGGGACAGAGAUAGAGAUAGAGAUAGAGAUACCUCAUCAAAUGCCAGAAAAGAAACCUCUGAUAACAGAGACAGAGACUCAUCCUCAACCUCUACCAAUAGUAGAGAUAGAUCAGAUAAAAAUGAAAACACUAGAACUAGAGAUUCAAAUAAAAAAGAUGAAUCACAAAGAAGUGAACCAUCAUCAUCAUCAUCAUCAUCAAGAAAGAAAGAAGAUUCAAAAGACUCAACAACAUCAUCUUCAACAUCAUCGAAUAAUGAAAGAGAUUCAGAUAAAUCCUCAACAAGAAAUGAAAGAGAACAAAGUGGUAGAUCCUCUUCAAAAUCUUCAAAUGUAUCCCCUUCUUCUUCCUCUUCCUCAUCAACACCAUCACAAUCUAUGAUGAGUAAAUCUGAAAGAAUGAAUCGGGAAAAUGAAAAAGUAAUUAAACAAAAAGAAAAAGAAGCUGAAAAACAAAAAGAAAUUGAAAGAGAAAAAGAAAAAAUUAGAGAAAGAGAAAGAAAAUUCCAAAAACCAUCAACCACGGUAACAUCCUCAAGGUCAUCUAGAAGUUAG